AUGGAUGGAGUCAGCGGUAUCACGCAAUGCCCCAUUGUACCUGGAGGAAGCUUCACGUAUCGCUGGAAAGCUAGCACGUAUGGCUCAACAUGGUACCAUGGUCAUCACGCACUGCAGUAUGGCGGUGGGCUGUGGGGUCCCCUGGUCAUUUACGGCCCUUCUCACGUCAAGUAUGACCUCGACUUGGGCCCUGUCACACUCUCCGACUACUAUCACUACCCUUACGAGAAGAUUGCCUCGGAUGCCAUAUCAACCAGUAACGAUACCGCUGUCUACGCUCCUCAGUCGAACAACCACAUGAUCAACGGAAUGAAUCACUUCAACUGCUCACUUGCUCCUGCGAACACGACUUGCAAGAGCAAUGCUCCUCGCGCAUCCUUGAGAUUCAAGUCUGGCAAAGUUCAUAAGCUCCGGUUGAUCAACACAAGUGUCGAAGCUAUGCAGAUCUUUUCCAUCGACGGCCAUAAGCUCAUUGUAACCACAAUGGACUUCGUACCUGUAGAGCCUUAUGAAGUGGAGUACAUCAUCCUCGGCGUCGGCAUGAGAGCUGAAGUUCUCGUCAAGGGCAAUGGAGACCCAAAGCGGUCCUACUACAUGCGCUCGAGGAUUCAGUGUGCCGCGACCAAAGUCGACGAGGUUCUGGGGACUAUCUACUAUGACGAGACACCUGCAACGGUUGUUCCAGCCACCAAGACUGUUGCGGCUCUACCAAGCUUCUCUGCAACAUGCGGUGAUCCUGAUCUUCACUUGAAGAAGCCGAUUUACAAGAAGCAUGUCCCUAAGCCUGAUCUAACGCUUCUCUAUGACAUCGACUUCAGAUCAAACGCAAGCGGUAAUCAUCAAUGGCUGAUGAACAACGUGACAUUCAAAGCCGACUGGAGCCGCCCAUUGUAUAUCGAGGCAGUAGAUGGUCACGCAGAGUACCUUAAGGAUCCCCAGCACAUCUUGGCCACGAUUCCUGACGAUGUCCGCCAUGUUCGCGUGGUCCUCAACAACCAUUUCUCGGUCCAUCCGAUGCACAUUCAUGGGGGUGACUUCCAGAUUCUGAGCGAAUCGGAUGGGUUCUACAACGGCAGUCUGAAGUAUCCCAAAAACCCGGCUCGUGCCGACACGGAACUUCUCAGGCGUAACGGAAAUCUUGUUGUGCAGUUCGAAGCGAAGAACCCGGGAAUCUGGAGUUUUCACUGCCAUACUGCAUGGCAUGCCAGCGUUGGUCUCUACAUAAACUUUUUGGUCAAGCCAAAGACAGUUCGACAAAGCAAGAUCCCUGACGAUGUCCGCGAGGUUUGCGCAUCCUGGGACGACUACAGACAAUUACAUGGCGAGAAUGCUCUACCUUUUGACAGCGGACUUCGAUAA